AAUGAAAACGCUAACCCUAUUCUUGUGUUUAUGUACAAUUCUUCUAGCUCGACAAGUAGGAGAAAGAAGAGAAUACCCAUCUGUUGAUCAAUAAAAAGAGUAGCACAUUUUUAUUUAAUCUAGCAGUAAAGUUAGUGAGCUAGAGGAAGCAAUGGUAUUUGGAGAAACUGCUGCUGCUGCAACAUAAUCAGGUUCAACCUAACCUGCUACAAAUAAAACUCCAACGGCUGAAUAAACCAAGUCAGACGCAAAAUCUGAUUCAAGUGAAGGAAAGAAUGAGCCUCCUAAGCCUGAUUAAGGUAAAACACAAGGCUAAACAGAUACAAAAGGAGAUUAAAAUAAAACCCCAGCCAAAGAGGAAAAUCCAAAAUCUGAUUAAGGUAUAAACAUUUUUAAACCUAAUCAAGGUUAAAAUGAAUCCAAAGGCAAGCAAGACACAGCCCAAGAUAAAAAGGCUAAAUCUGAAGAAGGAGAAGAAGAAAGUGAUAACGAUAGUGAAAAAGACAGUGAAAGUGAUAAUGAUAGCGAAAAAGAGAGUGAAAGCGAUAGCGAAAAGGAUAGUGAUAGCGAAAAGGAUAGCGAAAGUGAUAGCAAAACGGAUAGUGAAAGUGAUAGUGAAAAGGAUAGUGAAAGCGAAAGCGAUAGUGAUAGCGAAAAAGACAGUGACAGCGAAAGUGAUAGCGACAGUGAUAGCGACAGUGAUAGUGACAGUGAUAGCGACAGUGAUAGCGAUAGCGAUAGUGAUAGCGAUAGUGAGGGCGAAAGUAAUAGCGAAGGCGAAGAAGGAGAAGAAGGUGAAGAUGGAGGAGAAGGUGAAUCAGAUGAUUUAGGAGAAUUAGCUGAAGAAGGUGAAGAGGGUGAAGAACCUGCUGAUUUCAAAUAAUGCUUAGAAUGGGAAUGCACUAGCUAGGUGAAUGCCUGUGCUAAAGAUUCAGGUUGUGUACCUGCUAUGUAAAAUUGUAAAUCUGUGGGAGAUGAGGAGGGUAUCUCAGGAGUAAUCAUUUAUUUUUAAUUUUAUAGUAUGUCUCUUGUUUAUCUGACAGUAAAACAGCAUUCAAUCUAUAUAGAUGCAUAAACGAUUAUUGUAUUGAUUAUUUGCAAUGAAUUUGGAAAUGAUUUAUUAUUAAAAAAAAUAAAUGAUUGGAA